UAGAAGAAACCGUUAUCUUCGAAAAAUGUUAUUAUUCUAUACGUACAUCUAUAUGACUUACAAUUUAUUUGUUCUUUAAUUAGUAAACUAAUGAUCUUACGAAAGUGAUUGAAAAUAAACAAUCGCAUUCAUACAGCUAAAUACAUACAUACAUGACAUACAGCUAAUGAAGAUAUUUUCAUGUGACGUUGAUCUUAGUCGUUCUGCGUAGAGUGAAAGCUAUAUGAAGUAAUAAUUAAUAUAAUACAACAAUUUGUACCAUAAAGUAUUUAUUAAGUAGAAAUGUCACUAACUUUUCAACAAAUUAUACUGGAUGCUAAAAAAUUAGUCAUUAGAAUAUCAGAUCAUGAAAAUACAGCAGAUAAUUUAAUAAGCGAAAUAGAAUCGGUUUGUAGUCAAAUUGAUAACAUGAAGCAGUAUCAAGAAGAAGUAGAGAUUUUGAAUACAGAAGCAAAACAGAGGCCACAUUUGAAAAUAAUUGCAGGAAUACGGGAAGGGAGAAAGGAAAAUAAACAUUUGCAAGAAAUACAAGCCGAAAAUAAGCAAUUGAAAAAUGCAUUGGAAGAUCAUCAGAAUGCUCUUGAAUUAAUAAUGUCUAAAUAUAGAAAACAGAUAGCAUCUUUGUUACGUCUGUGUCAAACACAUUCUCUUUUGUCAGAUAAUUCAAAAUGUACUAAUAUUAUCAUGAGUCAAGGAGAGAAAAUUAAUGAAAUGGUAGCAGUAAUGAAAACUGCAAUAACCUUGGAUGAGGAAAGUGAGUUGAAAGAGAAAGAAAUGUAUUUUAGUUUAAAGGAAGAAAAUGCUACGUUACGUGAAAUGGUCAAUAUUGCUAAUAAAUACGGUUCCCUAAACAUGGAAAUUGGAACAGAAAAUAAAAUCAUUCCACAGAGUUCCACAUCUUAUCAUGAUUUGGAACAGUCUGAUAGUACUAAUGCAUCUAAAAUUGAAGGAUCCGAUCUCACCAAAGAAAUAGCUUCGCCUUCUAUGAGCCUACCUAAAAAUACAAGUAUAAACAGGAAGGUUGAAGAAAGGUUAAGCAAUUGAAGAAUGCAUAAAAUCGUUCAAACGGAUCCAGUAACAUCUUAAACAAAAUUUGUAAUGAAUACCGCUCAUAUUAUUUAUUCACAUUUUAUAACAUAAAUAUUGUCACGAAAGUUGUAUUCCUUAUAUGUAGUAAAGUGCACAUGCAAUGUAUGUACAUUCAACAUUUUUAUGGAAUUUCGUUA